GGAAACUUCUCGACGACACAUUUGGUAUGGCAUGAUAGGCAUCUAGUCACUGACCUCCGUCGGCCUCUAGAGCAUUGGUAUCCUCUUUGUCUUCACAAACCACACUACGACCAACUCCCAACGCUGAUCGAUUCUUUGAAGAACUCUCCUUAUAUUGUGGUCUCGCCCCCCUCGCAGCCCUUCCUCAUAUCUGUUCACGCGACACUCUCUCUCACAUUCCGAUCUCAGCCCCGCCAACCUCAGUCGCGAUGCAGGCUCUCCCCGAAUCUCGCCAACAGACUUUCGAAGAGAUCUACGGUCCUCCCGAGAACUUUCUCGAGAUCGAGGUGAAAAACCCGCAGACCCAUGGGUCUUCCCCUCGAAACAUGUACACGUCCUAUGAAAUCCACACGCGCACGAAUAUCCCCGCCUUCAAGCUGCGGCAUUCUGUGGUUCGCCGCCGAUAUUCUGAUUUCGAGUACUUCCGUGACAUUUUAGAGCGGGAAAGCGCACGAGUCACGAUUCCCCCACUGCCGGGCAAAGUCUUCACCAACCGCUUCUCUGACGAUGUCAUUGAGCACAGAAGAGAGGGUCUCCAGCGAUUCCUACAGAUUGUGGUUGGUCACCCACUUCUGCAGACGGGUAGUAAAGUACUCGGAGCAUUUAUACAAGACCCUAAUUGGGACCGCAAUGCAUGGUAGUGACAAGCGAAUCUUCAGGGUGGUGUACCGUUUUGACAUGAAGCGUUACGGUGUGGCUAGCGAACGGAGUCACAAAAGCACGAGAGAUAAGACGACGAUUUGACGCCCCCCCCUGCAAAGGCCCUGCGCAUUGGCCGUGACAUUUUCAUCAAGGUUGUAGACAAUCACACCGGCUUUUUCCUCCGGAAAUUGAGCAUCGAGCGUUGUGCGAGUGGCGUUUUUGGUAUGAGCAUUCAGACUGUAGCGCUCGAAGAGAUUUUCUUCUGGAUCCGGGGAUUUCUAUUGUUCUGUUUCUCACCUGGGCUCAAAUGCGCGGGUGCAUUCUCAUAGGUCGAUCGUUGCGAGCCUGGCGAUGUCGAUGUUGGCAAUGCUCUCAGUGACAGCGCCUCGUGUUAAGCUGAAAAGGGACCACCAACAACUCGAGAACCGAUGAAAUCGAGAGACAAAAAUUAUGAUUGAUGCUUCUACACCAGAAUAUCUGCCUUUGAAAGCCAAGUGGGGGUUCUGAGCCCAUCACAUUAUAAUACCAUACCAUCGCAAUCCCAGGGUAUCAAAAAAUCGCUCACCAGAUAAAAAUAUAGAUCUAUAUGCCAUCCACGUCCUCAAGCCAUUACCACACCCGCUCU